AACUAUAAAUAGAACAAUUUUUCCCCUUAUUAUUGGAAAUCUUACGAUUAACAAAAACGAAAACAGUUCGGCGCCGUUUGUAAACGUCGCAUAUCCAUUCUGCAGACAUCUUGCGGGAACAAAUCUGUCUUGGCAUCUUGUGAUACUUGAUUCUCGAUCCAUCUGAUCGAUUAGAAACACAUUUUUCUUCAAGUAACUCAAUAUUGCCAAGAAAAAUGGAUGUAUUUUUGAUGAUCCGCCGUAAAAAGACAACGAUCUUCACAGACGUCAAAGAAAAUACAACAUUGGGAGAAGUCAAGAGGAUUAUUGAAGGCAUUUUAAAAGUCCCACAUGACCAAAUGAGGCUACUCAAGGAUGACACUAUAAUGGCAGAUGACCACAAAAAUCUCUCAGAUUAUGGUUUCACAAGCUCCUUAGCCAGGGCUCAGUCCCCUGCAACUAUUGGACUUAUCAUAAAGACAGAGGAAGGGGAGUGGGAGCACCUGGACAUCCACCCCCUGUCUUGCCCCCCAGAACUUCCUGAUGUGAUGAAGCCCCAGGACACCAACCAGGCCCAUCAGCCUGAUGGCAACAGUAUGUAGAUGAGUGCCAUUAUGCAAGUGUACAGAUCUUUUCAGUUGUGUUUGCCAAGGUCAUCAUCAUUAUAGCAUACAAUUGUUGUAAAUUGUAUUAUUUCAUCAUACCCCAUUCCAUUAGUAGCCAACAUCACAUCUUUAUUUUUAUCAGAUUUCAAGUCUUUUAGUUGUGUAAUUUUUUAACCAGUCAUAAAAUUGAAGUUAAAUUUUUUUUUAAGUUUGAAACCAAUUUAUCAUAGAAUUGUAAUGAACUAAUAUAUUUCUUGUUUGUUUUUAAUCUGCUGUUGACUUUGAAAAUGUACUUUGAAUUGUUUUGGUAAUAAACUCCUUUAAAUUUC